CCAAACUUUAUUUAUGUUGCCUCAGAAUCAUUACUGCAUAUCAAAGUCAUUUACUGAUCUUGAAAACCUGGAUAUGAAGCCCAAUGUCUGGAAUAUUAAGGAGAUGUUGAACAUCCCCGCAACUUCUGGAGGGAUAAAACCCGGUAAGGGUCCAACCAGUGACUACUCCAGCCUGACUGACUCUCAGUUUCUGUUGGGCUCUCAAAUGUGGCCUGACAAUUCACAAGGGUUUACUCAGGAGAUGAGUGGACAGAGCAGAGGUUCUCAGCAUACAUCACAGGAGAUGAAGGAAAUGAUGGUGUCCAGCAGUUAUAGUUCUAAGCCGUUUUUGUUUGGCGGUGAUGGCAAAAUCCUAAACUUCACUGGUGGCAAAUCUGUUGGCAUGUUGGACAGAUUUGAAGAGGAGAAGCGAAAAUCCAAAGAAAAAUAUGAAAGGGAAAUUCUCACUAAUGGAAUUCUACAAUUGCAGGAAACUCUGGGAAAUACCAGAGAGACUUUAUUAAAUUGCAUUGAUGGAAGUAAUGACAGUACCAGAAAAGUUUUAGUGGAGAGAAUGGAUAAUUUUUCAAAAACAAUUGAAGGUUAUUUAAACAGUGUGAAAGAGGGUAUAACAUGUCAAUUUGAGACUCUGCAGAGCCAAACACAAAUAGAAAUGGCAGACAGGGAAGCCAAGAGCAGUCUGGCUGCAAAAGAGUUGAGCUCAAACAUGCUUAACCUCCAUCGGGAUCUGGAACAUCUAAAAGUAGAGCAGAGCAAGGAGCAGGGCAUGCUGGGAAAUAUUCUGUCUCAGCUUAGCACUUUGAUUUCUACUCACAAGCCAAUAGCAGGGCCUAGCUCUGCCAGAAUGAUUGACAGUGAGGUCCAGACAUCACCUGGUCUGUUAGAGAGUUUCUGUAUCAUGUCAACUGAAAAACACCAAGAGAGCAAGAUGAUGUGCAACAGGCCUGUCAUUUAUUCAGGAGAAGCAGUAGAACAGAACCAGUGUCUACUUACCACACAGAAGACACAAAACAGAAAUGCACAUGCUCUGCCUGUAAAAAGACAGCAGACAGCAGUCACAGAGGAGGUUUCCCCUGAUGCUUCACAGAGAUUUUGGUGUACACAGUUAGUUGAGACCAGACCUUCAAGCCCACUUGUGGAUGCUCAAUCCACUGCAUCCAUAGUUGACCAAGAAGAACAGUAUGUAGAUAGACACCUGGUGCCUGAAAAACCAUUGAACAGAUUGGGCACUGAUGCAAUGCCACCACUGAAAUUACCUAGGAGGCGCCAAAAAGCCCUGAAUUAUAGAGGGGGAAAGAGAGCACUGGUUCUCCCACAAAGACAACCAAUGAGAAAAAAAGGAGCAAUGAAGUUUUCAAAUGACAGCCUGCAGAAUGAAGACCUUCAGUGUGAACAAAAAGACAGAGUACCUUUGUCUUCUCUUUGUGACAACUGGAAAGUGACCAACAAAUCUGUUGCAGAGAAUCACUUAAAACUACAGCAGCAAGCCACUGUAGCACCAGUCAGUAGGUGUGUAGCUGAGCAACCACUAAACCCCUUCAGUUUGUGGUCUGAAGACACAGACAGUUCCCAAAUGAUAGUGGAGUACAAGAUGGCUGAGUGGGAAAAAGUGGUGCCUGAACCUAAAGCUAGUGUUAUAGUAGAAGAAGGUGGCCUGUGGCAGCUCUUUGACAUUACUAAUGACUCAGAAUAAAAUGCAGAAUACUUCCAUACUGUAUGCCUAUUACAUUUACAUUUGAGAAAUUAUUUAGAGUAUCUUCUAUGUGCAGGUUUUUUUUUUUACUAAGAACUUGAAAUUGCCUGUGAACAUGUGAAUCUUGUUCUCUAACCACUUUUCUUGCUAUUGACAUUAUCUGUUCCUUUU